GUCACGGUUCUAGCGGUUGACUUUCACCUGUGCUGUCAACAGCCUCACUUCUGCCGUGAGGCGUUCGGAUUGGAUUAUCAUGCUCGUAGCACCAGACGCGUUGAGCAGCAUUCUGGGAUGGAUGUCUGUAGCAUGUUGGAUUGUAGUGUAUUCUCCUCAACUAGUCGAAAAUUACCAGCUACAGUCAGGCGAAGGACUAAGUGUGCUUUUCGUUCUGAUCUGGUUGGCAGGAGAUCUUUCCAAUCUAUUUGGAGCAAUAUUCGCAGGACUACUACCCACAGUCAAGAUCCUCGCUACCUAUUACAUGGCAUGCGAUUGCACACUGUUGUCCCAGAUAUACUAUUACCGCUGGAAAAGGUCCAGGAAGCCCGCUGUUCCUCCGCUAGUGCCGGGUGGUGCAGUUCCACAGGGUGAAGUUUCGGAGGAGACUCCUCUGAUUGCUGCGAUUGCUGCGGAUGUGUCCGCGCACCCCCACCCUCACCGUGGCCCUAUGGUAGUAGAGUUUGCAAAGUACGCCGGCGCUGUAAUUUUCGUUUUAACAACCGGUCUCGUGGCGUGGGCAGUAGAUGAACAUAUUAACGGAGGCACGCCUCGACAUAUUCCCGAAGAAGCUAUUGAGUGGAAGGGACAAUUGCUUGGCUGGAUCAGUGCCGUACUGUUCCUCGGGGCGCGGGUUCCUCAAAUCCGGAAAAACUUGUACACAAGGUGCGAGGGUUUAUCACCUGCGCUAUUCAUUUUCUCCAUUAUGGGGAAUACGACAUAUGGACUGUCUAUUUUGGCUGUUUCAUUAUCAGCACGCCAUCUCGCAGCCAAUGCGGCCUGGCUCGCAGGGAGCGGUUUGACAAUCUUCUUAGACCUUUUCGUGCUAUUCCAAUUCUUCUACUUCCAGACAAUAGAUCGUCAAUCAACUCUUUUGGGGCAGUCAUUGUAGAGAAGUCAUCGGCUUGCCAGCCGAGUCAAAUCGGAUAUAGUGGAUGCCACCUAAUGCAGACGGAGGUCACGACCGCCAAUGUAUAUGUAUUCUGUACGGAACAGAUUAAUGUAGACACUAUGUAUCCGAGGGAACGGAUCCUUUGUGUAUGUUCUGAUGAAAAGUCAAAUGCUAGACGACGAAUC